AUGUCAAGUAAAAAAAGUGGUCAUCAAUUUAAAAAAAUACAACAAGCAAAGUUUGCCAAACAUCAAGAUAUGAUAAAUAAAACUAGAAAACUUAAUGGGAUUUUAUGCAACAAUAUAGUUCACAAAAGUAUUGAGCAGUCUAAAACUGAUAACGAAGAUGAAAAAAAUUUGGUUGAAGACAGUUCUAACUUGAUUACUAUGACAUCAUCAGUUGAUUCAUGUGAUGUACGAGUAAAUGCCAAUGAAAUAAAUAAAUAUAAUUGUAACAGUUUGAUGAAAGUACAAGAUGAGAAUUUAAUAGAAGAAGUUAUGCAUUUUCCAAAAGAUCCAGCAGAUUGGUCACGUACUGCGAGUUUUAUACAAUUUUGCGCAGUACAUGGGAUAGAUCAAAAUAACAAUGACGAUUUUAUUGAAUCAAAAAAUCAAUAUUCAUUAGAUAAUGUAAGAUAUUGUAAUAAAUCCAUGUUUUUUUCAAAAUUACCAAAUGGUGAACAAACUCCACGUUCAUGGCUUGUUUACUCUCGUAAAUUAGGAAAAGUUUUCUGCGCACCGUGUUGGCUAUUUAAAAAUGAAUUUUCCAAUUUAGCUAAUUGUGGAUUUAAUGAUUGGAAAAAUGCGCAUAUACGUUUUAAAGAACAUGAAGGGUCGUUAAAUCACAAAACAUGUUUACUAAAAUUGAAUCAUUUAGGACAAGAACAAGGAAGAAUAGACUCUAAGUUAUUUAUUCAAAUUGACCAUGAAAAAAUGUAUUGGAGAAAAGUUUUAGAGAGAGUAGUAUCUGUAAUUAAAACGUUAGCUUCACGUGGACUACCAUUCAGAGGACAAGAAGAAAUUUUUGGAUCACCUAAAAAUGGAAAUUACAUGAUGCUUCCUGAAUUGUUAUCCGAAUUUGACCCUUUCUUAGCUCAACACAUUUCGAAAUAUGGUCAUUCUGGUAGUGGUUCUACUUCAUAUCUAUCAUCAACAAUUUGUGAAGAAAUUAUUAAUUUAAUGGUCAAAAAAGUUAAAGAAGUAAUCAUAAAUGAGAUUAAAAAACGUAAAUAUUACUCAAUAGUUAUUGACUCUACGCCUGAUAUAACACAUUCUGACCAACUUGCUUUUAUACUUCGCUAUAUCAGCAAUGAAGGUGUACCGAUCGAACGAUUUUUAGAAUUCAUACCAAAAGUUGGACAUAAAUCUUUGGAAAUAGCCGAAACAGUCAUUAAGACAAUCGAAAAUUUAAAAUUAAAUAUAUCAGAUUUUCGUGGACAAUCAUACGACACAGCAAAAAAUAUGUCAGGUUGUUAUAAUGGCCUUCAAGCUAGGAUGAAAAAUAUAAAUUCUUUGGCAUUUUGUAUUCCAUGCGCAGCUCAUUCACUUAAUCUUGUUGGUACGCAUGGAGUUGAAUGUUGUAAUGAAGCAGCUACAUUUUUUGGACUAAUGCAAAACAUCUAUGUAUUUUUUUCAAGCAGUAGUCAUAGAUGGGAUAUCCUCAAUAAUAUGGAGUCGAAAUCACAUACAUUAAAAGCACUUUCGAAUACGAGAUGGUCAUUAAGAGAUUCUGCUUGCCUGAGUUUAAAUGAAAAUUGGUCUGCUGUUGUAGCUACAUUAACUUAUAUAAUGGAUGAUCACACUGAAAAUAAUAUUACUAGAAAUGAGGCAAAAGGACUAAUAAAUAAAAUGAGUUCAUUAGAAACUACAACUAUGUCAGUUGUGUGGGUUUUUUUACUUAGUCGAUUAAACACUACGAGUAAGAAGUUACAAAAUGUUGAUAUUGAUUGUUUGGACGUUUUUAAAUUAUAUGAUAGUUUAAUUAAAUUAAUAGAGCACACUCGUAAAAAUUUUGAUGAUUUUGAAACAGAAGCAUUAGCAAAAGCAGUUAAUAAAGAUUACAAAAUAAAUACUACAAGAAAAAAAAAAAGAACGAUUUUUCACGACGAAUCUGAAUCUGAAGAAUAG